CAGCCCACUGAUACCCAUCCUUCUUCUCCGGUUAGGCAACCUUUGCCGCUGCACUGGGUAUCGGCCAAUUCUCGAGAGUGGAAGGACCUUCUGUGCGGAGUCAAGUGGCUGUCAGCAGAAAGGAAGAGGAAAAUGCUGCUUGGACCAGGGAGAAAAUGCCGCUUCCUCGCUUGGCGGGGAAAGUGACAUUUGCACAGAGUUGUUUGCGAAAGACGAGUUCCAGCCCUUGGAGCCUACCCAGGAGCUCAUAUUUCCCCCAGAACUCUUGAGAAUGGCGGAGAACCCAGAAAAGCGAACGCUGACCUUUCAUGGAGAGAGGGUUACCUGGAUCUCCCCCGGGACCCUCAAGGAUCUCCUGGAGCUGAAAGUGAAACACCCCGACGCCCCUCUCAUCCUGGGCAACACCUCACUGGGACCUGCAAAGAAAUCUCAAGGACAUUUUCACCCAGUUCUCCUCUCUCCUGCUAGGAUUUCUGAGCUGAGUAUGGUGUCCACAACAAGCAAGGGGCUGACGAUAGGUGCUGGCUGCAGUCUGGCCCAGGUGAAGGACAUCUUGGCUGGGAGGGUUUCCGAGCUCCCAGAGGAGAAAACUCAGACGUACCGAGCCCUCCUGAAGCACCUGAAGAGGCUGGCAGGCCAGCAGAUCCGGAAUAUGGCAUCCUUAGGGGGACAUAUCAUGAGCCGGCACUGCUAUUCGGAUCUGAAUCCAGUUCUGGCUGUGGGCAACACCGCCCUCAAUCUGAUGUCCAAAGAAGGGACACGGCAGAUUCCUCUAGACAGAGAUUUUCUUGCUGGGUUGGCAAGUGCAGACCUUAAGCCAGAGGAAAUUUUGGAGUCAGUGUACAUCCCUCACUCUCAAAGGUGGGAAUUUGUGUCAGCCUUCCGACAGGCUCAGUGCCAGCAGAAUGCCUUGGCCGACGUGACGGCUGGCAUGCGAGUCCUCUUCCAAGAAGGCACGGACACCAUUGAGGACCUGAGCCUGGCUUACGGAGGGGUCGGGGAUGCCACAAUCAGUGCACAGAAAUCCUGCCAGCAGCUCCUGGGCAGGCGCUGGAAUGAGCCAAUGCUGGAUGAGGCUUGCAGGCUGCUCCUGGACGAAGUCUCCCUCCCAGGCGGGGCUCCGGGGGGCAGUGUGGAAUUCAAGAGGACUCUGGUGGUCAGCUUCUUUUUCAAGUUCUACCUGGAGGUUCUGCAGGAACUGAAGAAGCCGGGCAAGCUGCUCUCUGUGCCCCUCUCGCCCUGCCUUGCACAACCCAUCUGCCCACCGCACCCCACCCCGCCGUGCAGGGUUCCUAAAGCGUCUGGUUUUCAUUCACUCCGUGAAGCCCCUCACCAGCCACAUUCACCAGGAUCGUCCUUGCUGCCGUUUAAUUCCUGAAUCAAGACACUUGAUGUGUUUCAGUGACACCCAGAGAGGCGUCCUGAUUUUACUGCUCUUCCAGAACAGCUGAGUUCUGAGAAGAGCAAUCAGGACGGGGGCUCUUUGUGUCCAGUGAACUCCAGCCCAUUCUGGGAGGGCUUGUCCAGCCCCAAACGUCCUGGCUUCUCCCCCUGCCUCUGC